AUGUACCGUAUAUUAUGGCUCGGUGCCGUCAGCUGUGAGCCGGUGCACUGCCAGCUCCCCCCUUCCCCCCUUCCUCGAAGCCGUCCAUUCCUCAAGCUCCACGGAGCGUCACUAAGGGAACGAUCCAAGGCGUACUCAGCCGAUGGCUACGUUGUAGGCCCGAGCGUACGGCGCGUAGCGUUCCGCGCGCGCCUCAAAGAGCCAAUAGACCACCACAGACGGGGCCCUAAAGGGCUGAUGUUCAGCCGGGGUUGCGGGGUAAGCGCAAUAAGGUACCGCGACCUCGGCACAGAGCAGGAGAAGGAACAGGGGGGGAAAGAAAGAAAGAAAGAAAGAAAGAAAGAAAGAAAGAAAGAAAGAAAGAAAGAAAGAAAGAAAGAAAGAAAGAAAGAAAGAAAGAAAGAAAGAAAGAAAGAAAGAAAGAAAGAAAGAAAGAAAGAAAGAAAGAAAGAAAGAAAGAAAGAAAGAAAGAAAGAAAGAAAGAAAGAAAGAAAGAAAGAAAGAAAGAAAGAAAGAAAGAAAGAAAGAAAGAAAGAAAGAAAGAAAGAAAGAAAGAAAGAAAGAAAGAAAGAAAGAAAGAAAGAAAGAAAGAGAGAAAACUGUUUUUAUUCGGACCGAGACAUGAAGGCCAAGAACAAACAAAAAAAAAUACAACAAUAA